GCUCCUCCUUUUGCCUUUUGACAGUAGGAGACGGCAUAGUGAGUUUGUUAUCCGUGGCUCACGUUUCAUCAAGACAGAGAGAGAUGAGUGGACAGACAGACACAAUCUGACGACUUUAUGUGCUACAAAUUAUCGGCUUGAGCAGGAGUGCAGACAUGGAGUUCACGGCCCAGGCUGAAGGAGUGUGGGAGGUAUUUGAUAGAGUGUUAGGAUGGCCACUGACGCUUCUACCCUCCCAAGUCCCGUGGUGCGUCAGAUCGACAAACAGUUCCUGAUUUGCAGCAUAUGUCUGGAUCGCUACAACAAUCCCAAGGUCCUUCCCUGUCUUCACACCUUCUGUGAAAGGUGUCUGCAAAACUACAUUCCUUCCCACAGUCUGACUCUGUCUUGCCCGGUGUGCCGUCAGACCUCCAUCCUACCGGAGAAAGGUGUGGCGGCACUUCAGAGUAACUUCUUCAUCACCAACCUAAUGGAGGUGCUAAAGAAGAGCCCAAACUCAAACCUGAGUGAGGACUACACUGAUGCUAUCAACGGAGUGGCCACUGGACAGCCCCUCUCCUGUCCCAAUCAUGGAGGAAAUGUCAUGGAGUUCUACUGUCCGCCGUGUGAGACAGCCAUGUGUGAAGAGUGCACUAGUGGUGAACACGCAGAACAUGCCACCGUCCCACUGAAGGAUGUUCUAGAACAGCACAAAGCCUCGCUACAGGAGCAGCUGGAUGCGGUCAAGAACAGACUGCCGGAAAUUGAAUCUGCGUUGGAGGUUCUGUCUGAGAUUCUGCAGCAACUGAGCAGUCAGAAGAGUUCAAUUGAAGAAAUGAUUCAUGCUACUUUUGAGGAGCUUCAGAAGACUCUGAAUGUGCGCAAGAGUGUCCUGCUGAUGGAGCUAGAGGUCAACUACGGACUCAAGCAGAAGGUGUUGCAAACUCAGCUGGAGUCGCUGCUGCAGGGGCAGGAUGGCAUACGCAGCAGCUGCAGCUUCACCGAACAGGCUCUUAAUCACGGCUCUGAAGCUGAAGUCCUAUUGGUCAAGAAGCAGAUGAGCGAGCGUCUGGAUGAGCUGGCCAAUCAGGAGCUCCCACUGCGGCCAGAGGAGAACAAUCAACUGGACUUCCUGGUGGAGACUGACGGUCUUCGCAAAUCCAUCCACAACCUUGGUGCCAUUGUAACAACCAAUGCUGUUGCAGCAGAAACUGUAGCCACCGGUGAAGGCCUGAGGCACUGCAUUGUGGGACAGCUGACGUCUGUCACAGUAACAACUAAAGACAGAGACGGCGGGCUGUGUCGGACUGGAAAUGCUCUGCUCAUAGCUGAUCUUUCUGCUAUUGAUGGCAGCAUCGUGGGUGAAGGCAAAGUCACGGAUCAUAAAAACGGCACUUAUGAGUUUGUAUACAGUGUCCCAUGUGAGGGCCGCUUCACGCUUACCCUCAAGCUCUAUGAUCAGCACAUCAGGGGCAGCCCAUUCAGCAUACGAGCCAACAAACCCACAGACAUCUCUCUUACUGCAGAUGUGGACAAAAAACGGCUCAAGUCUCCAGGAAACAGCCAUGUGAAGCAGCGGGCCAUCAAACGGCCUGCCAGCAUGUACAGCACCGGCAAACGGAAAGAAAACCCAAUUGAAGAUGACCUUAUAUUCCGAAUCGGAACAAAAGGCAGAAAUAAGGGUGAAUUUACCAAUCUCCAGGGAGUUGCUGCUUCUUCUGUUGGCAAAGUCUUAAUAGCGGAUAGUAACAAUCAGUGUGUUCAGAUAUUUUCAAAUGAUGGCCAGUUUAAGAGUCGUUUCGGAAUCAGAGGCCGAUCACCGGGACAGCUUCAACGGCCUACUGGUGUUGCUGUGCACCCCAGUGGUGACAUCAUCAUUGCUGACUAUGACAACAAAUGGGUCAGCAUUUUUUCCAGUGAUGGCAAGUUCAAGAGUAAAAUUGGCUCAGGGAAGCUCAUGGGUCCUAAGGGUGUAUCUGUUGACAGAAAUGGCCACAUCAUUGUGGUAGACAAUAAAUCUUGCUGCGUCUUCAUUUUCCAGCCUAAUGGAAAACUGGUCUCCAAGUUUGGCAACCGAGGCAACAGUGACAAGCAAUUUGCAGGUCCUCACUUUGCAGCAGUGAAUCAGAAUAAUGAAGUCAUUGUGACCGAUUUCCACAAUCAUUCUGUAAAGGUGUUCAGUCCAGAGGGUGAAUUCAUACUGAAGUUUGGCUCAAACGGUGAAGGAAAUGGACAGUUUAAUGCUCCAACGGGUGUGGCAGUAGAUGCCAAUGGUAACAUUAUAGUGGCUGACUGGGGCAACAGCAGGAUCCAGGUGUUUGACAGCAGUGGAUCAUUUCUGUCCUACAUCAACACAUCCGCAGACCCUCUUUAUGGCCCACAAGGUCUGGCUCUGACCUCAGAUGGCCAUGUUGUGGUGGCAGACUCUGGGAACCACUGUUUUAAAGUAUACCGUUAUCUACAAUAGCACUCUCAUCUCUACAAAUAAACACUUGCACUUAUUCCUUAACGCUGCCGCCCUUGUGCCAAACCUAGACCCUCGUAUUGCAUUGAAGUUGUGUUGUUGUGGCCUCGUUUGUGACACCCUCACCUUUAAGAAAAUGAAAUGAGCUUCUGUUUCUUCGUCAUAAUAGGUUACAAGUUUAAAAAACAACAAUGGUUUCAUUAUUUAAAGGAACAGUUUACCAAAAAUAUGAAUUCUGCUAUUUACCCUCAGGUUGUUCAAAUACAAUGUCCUAUAAAACAUGCUUUAUACUGACCCUGAUCCUUCAAGUGAAUUAUGACCACAAAUGCUGCUCUAUAUUCUUAGUCAUAUGAAGAAGUUAUGAUGAAUUCUCCAAAAUUUGUUGCAAAUCAACAAUCUCUAAAAUCAAAUCUAGUAUUUUGAGGGAUUAUAGCACUGACAUAUUUUGUGCUUCAUUUGUAUAUCAAAGUAAGCAAUAAAUAUAUUAUUAGCUUGUAUUAUAAAAUGAUGUAAUAAUAAUUCAUAAAAAUAACAAAACCUUACAUUUAUAUAGCACUUUUCUGGACACUCAAAUCGCUUUACACAAUUUUAGGGGAAUCUCCUCAUCCACCAGCAGUGUGCAGCAUCCACAGUGCUCAUUGAGCAG